AUGUAUACAACUGACGAUACACUUGCUGAAGGGAAACACAUCUUUCACCGACUAUUCUGGGUAUUCCAACCACGCAUUAGAGGUUUUGCCUAUUGCAAACCUAUACUUCAAAUUAAUGGAACCUGGUUAUACGAUAAGUACAAGGGUACAUUGCUUAUGGCAGUGGCACAGGAUGACAACAACAAUAUUUUUCAUGUUGCUUUUGCCCUUGUGGAAGGGUAUGCUUUAAACCAACCAACAUUUCAUUACUAUCGGUCAGAGAUUGGCAUGGCAAAUGCAAAUGCUUUAAGGUGUAUUGACAGUAUUCCAGCCGAAAAAUGGACAAGGGCAUUUGACGGGGGUCGACGUUGA